AGAGCGGCGGCGGGCAGGGGGCGGCAGGUGCGGCGGAGAGACUCGCCUGACCUCGGGAAGAGAACCAGCGCUGCAGCCGCGCGCCCCCGCUCUCGGCCCCGGCCCCGGCCCGCUGUCCGAGCCAGAGACUUCCGGGGCCCGGCGACGCUUCGGGGAGCUCCUCCAAGGGCAGCCUCCAGGGCGGGAAGCGCGGCGCGGUGGCCGGGCUGGGGGUGGCCGGGCUCCUGCAGAGGCGGCAGGCGGGGUGGGGUGAGCCGGGCCGGCCCCCUCCCCUCCUACCCGCCCUUCCUUCCUCUCAUCCUGCAGCCAAUUAGACGGCCCCCUCGGGCGGGAGGCGUGGGGCCUCCAUAAAGCGGCGCGGAGCUGUCACCCCGAGAGCAGGCUGCGCACCGCCCAGGCCUGAACCGGCGCGGAAGACACGGGCACUUCGGGCCGGGGAGUGCAGAGAAGCCAUGGCCACCACCAACGGGGCCGUGGAGAACGGGCAGCCGGACAGGAAGUCACCCGCCCUGCCGCGCCCGAUCCGCAACCUGGAGGUCAAGUUCACCAAGAUAUUCAUCAACAAUGAAUGGAACGAAUCCAAGAGUGGAAAAAAGUUUGCCACAUACAACCCUUCAACUCUGGAGAAAAUCUGUGAAGUAGAAGAAGGAGAUAAGCCCGACGUGGACAAGGCCGUGGAGGCCGCACAAGCCGCCUUCCAGCGGGGCUCGCCGUGGCGCCGGCUGGAUGCCCUGAGCCGUGGCCGGCUGCUGCACCAGCUCGCGGACCUGGUGGAGCGGGACCGCACCAUCCUGGCCACCCUGGAAACGAUGGACACAGGGAAGCCUUUCCUUCAUGCCUUUUUCAUUGACCUGGAGGGCUGUAUCAAAACCCUCCGGUACUUUGCAGGGUGGGCAGACAAAAUUCAGGGCAAGACCAUCCCCACAGAUGACAACGUGGUGUGUUUCACCAGGCACGAACCCAUAGGUGUGUGUGGGGCCAUCACUCCUUGGAACUUUCCUCUGCUUAUGCUGGUGUGGAAGCUGGCACCCGCUCUCUGCUGUGGGAACACAGUGGUCGUGAAGCCAGCAGAGCAGACGCCCCUCACCGCCCUCCAUCUGGGCUCUCUGAUCAAAGAGGUGGGAUUCCCUCCAGGCGUGGUGAACAUUGUGCCAGGAUUCGGGCCCACGGUGGGAGCUGCAAUUUCUUCUCACCCUCAGAUCAACAAGAUAGCCUUCACGGGGUCCACAGAGGUUGGAAAGCUAGUUAAAGAAGCUGCCUCCCGGAGCAACCUGAAGAGGGUGACACUGGAGCUUGGCGGGAAAAACCCUUGUAUUGUGUGUGCGGAUGCGGACCUGGACUUGGCAGUGGAGUGCGCCCACCAGGGAGUGUUCUUCAACCAAGGCCAGUGUUGCACAGCCGCCUCCAGGGUGUUCGUGGAGGAGCAGGUUUACAGUGAGUUUGUCAAGCGGAGUGUGGAGUACGCCAAGAAACGGCCUGUCGGAGACCCCUUUGAUGUUAGGACGGAACAGGGGCCCCAGAUUGACCGGAAACAGUUCAACAAAAUUCUGGAUCUGAUUGAGAGCGGAAAGAAGGAAGGAGCCAAGCUGGAAUGUGGGGGCUCGGCCAUGGAAGACAGGGGGCUCUUCAUCAAACCCACUGUCUUCUCAGAAGUUACUGACACCAUGCGGAUCGCCAAAGAGGAGCUUUCAACCAUCACACAGCUAACAAGAUCUUUGGACAUUUUCUCUCCUCCAGUCAUCCUUUGCCAGAUUUUUGGACCAGUGCAGCCAAUUCUGAAGUUUAAAAACAUUGAAGAAGUGAUAAAACGAGCAAAUAGCCUCGAAUAUGGACUCACAGCAGCUGUGUUCACAAAAAACCUUGACAAAGCCCUGAAGCUGGCCUCCGCAUUAGAGUCUGGAACCGUCUGGAUCAACUGCUACAAUGCCAUCUACGCACAGGCCCCAUUUGGUGGCUUCAAAAUGUCGGGGAACGGCAGAGAACUAGGCGAAUAUGCGCUAGCCGAAUACACAGAAGUGAAAACUGUCACCAUCAAACUUGACGACAAGAACCCCUGAAGGAAAGGCAGGCUCCUUCCUCAGACUUCUGACAGCUGAAUGUGGCAGAUCAAACUUGCCGAAGAAAAUCCUGCAUUUCUGACCUUCCUGGGAUGCUUUCUUCUGGAGACUUUACAUCUGCUGGAUUUGAACAAUUUAUUUUCCUCUCACACUCCUGUUUUGUCGACUGAUACGUUGUGUGUGAAAUUGCAGUCCUGCCCGGGGGAUGGGCCGAGUGGCCAUUUCUGUUUUCCCCUUUCCACCAGAUCCCAGGGGACAGUGAGGAGGCUCAGGGCGUAGCCAACAGGAAAUGGUAUUUGAAGUAUCCACCAGUCACUCAAAAAUGCUUUGCUGACUCUGACUCCAGUAAGAAUUUGGAAAAUAAAAAUUUCCCUUCAUGUUCUGCAAACAGGCCCUGUAACCUCAGGGUUACCUGCCUGCAGGACAAGCCCCUCCUGCUAUUCAGUGGGAAAGAUCAGCAUUAAGUUUAAAAAAAAAAAAAAAAUCUAAAAACAAGGUUAGGAGAAUCCAAUGUAGGGAGUUUUGGGGAAGCAAGUACCAUGGAAGGCUCCUGAAGGCCUUGGGUGUGAACAGUCUUCAGGGACUACACCUUGACAUUGACUAUGGGAUCAGCUUAAAACCAGUACUGCCUUUGGAAUAUGACCACAUUAGCCAUCCAAAGAGCUUAUCUCACACUGUGUCGCGGGUCUACCUUAACUAAGGCACUUUCUUAGGCAGGAAGUGUCACUUAGUGGCAGCAUCGCUGCAGAAGACCCAGUGCUCUGACACCGCAACAGCAUACAUAGCAAACCCUCGGGUUGUUAAGUCCCACGUUUUACGAGUCAGGGCCAUAAGCUGCUUUUCCCAGUUAUGCAUUUCUAUCACUUGCCUCAAUGGUUUAUGAUAAGCCGGUGUAGUUCUCCUUUGCUCCACUUUGGUUAUCCACAUUUUAGAUGAGUGAAACAGACGCAGCUGUAAAGACUGCUGUUAUAGUACAGCUUUGGUUUUUCGAAGUCCUAUUUCGAUAUCAAUUAGUGAUUCAAUAACAAAUAAUGUCUGGUCUACCACAGCAGCCCAAGCACUUCACUAACAGGUUGUGGAUUUUUUUCUUCCUCUUUGUGUAUCCAAAGGAUGUGCCACUCCAGGUUUAACUUGGAAAACUGAAAGUGUUCCCACAGAGCUUUAAAAAAACCCAAACCAAACCAAACCAAACUGAAAUUGUGUUAUUUGGAUACUUUUACUAUUAUUGACUAGUACUUUUCUAAUGGUGCUUCUGUUUGAGAAUUAAAUUAUGUCUGAGAAUUAAAUUGGGGGGCAGUAACCCAGUAGAGGUCUAUGUCAAAACAAGUGUAUAUAUAGAGAAAGUCAUCUGUGAAAUGAAGUUAUUGUUCUUGUUGGAAAGAGACAAAAUGCAGUUCACUUGCUUCUCCAGAUCAGUUAACACUUAUCGCUUAAAUGAUCAGCAGCUUGUUAAAUCAGGAUUUGACUUCAUACACUGAAUUUUCAGGAUUUUAUCUCAAGUAACUCUAGACACUAACCUUGAUAGUAAUACAGUAGAGCGUUCUUAUUCCUUCAUUGUAUAAUAAUGCCUUUAAUAUGAAAUGCUACAUUAUUUAUAAUUGAUAUAGUUAAUGUAUCUUUUUAUAGUUGUAAGUAAACAGAGGUGGUGUAUUUAACCUUCUGUAAUAUACUGUAUUUAGAAAUGGAAGUCUAUAUAGUAGUAGAUUUUACUUCUUUUAAGGUUUACUCCUGUGGUACGGUUUUAAAAGAUCUAUUGGCCUGGAAAUUCUGACCCUAACUGCAGAUUGUGUUCAACAAUGCAAAAUAAAGUUGGAUAUUUGAGAAACAUGA